AUGGUGGAGCUGCCGCGGUGUGGAGCCUCCAGCAGCUCAGCACCGGGUCUGCCCGGCCCUGCGCAAAAGGACCGCAAAUCUAAGAAGUCCGCCUGGAAGUUUUGCCUUGACCUGACCCAUCCCGUGGAAGAUGGAAUUUUUGACUCGGGGAAUUUCGAGCAGUUCCUAAAGGAGAAGGUUAAGGUCAAUGGAAAGACUGGAAACUUGGGCAACACUGUUCACAUUGAACGCAUGAAGAACAAGAUCACAGUGACAUCUGAGAAGCAGUUUUCUAAAAGGUACCUCAAGUACCUGACCAAGAAGUACCUCAAGAAGAACAACCUGCGUGACUGGCUCCGUGUCGUUGCGUCUGACAAGGAGACGUACGAGCUGCGCUACUUCCAGAUCAGUCAAGAUGAGGAGGGAUCAGAGUCUGAGGAGUAACUGAAGCUCAGCUUUGAGCACAAUGUACAAUGAGUACAAAAGACUAGAACAUCUAUUUAUAAGAACACUUUAACUUAUUGGUGAAUCAAGAUUUUGUACUCUGUUUGACAGAGCA